CCCAGGCCCUGCCGGUCACUGUCCGCGGCAGCCUGGCACCCGGAGGAGCGAAUUGUGCAGAGACAAGGCGCGAUCUGCCCCAGCCAUGGACCGGAAGGUGGCCCGAGAAUUCCGGCACAAGGUGGAUUUUCUGAUUGAAAAUGACGCCGAGAAGGACUAUCUCUAUGACGUGCUGCGGAUGUAUCACCAGACCAUGGACGUGGCUGUGCUUGUGGGAGACCUGAAGCUGGUCAUCAAUGAGCCCAGCCGCCUGCCACUGUUUGACGCCAUCAGACCCCUGAUCCCGCUGAAGCACCAGGUGGAGUACGACCAGCUGACCCCCCGGCGCUCCAGGAAGCUGAAAGAGGUGCGUCUGGACCGUCUGCACCCCGAAGGCCUGGGCCUCAGCGUGCGUGGCGGCCUCGAGUUCGGCUGUGGGCUCUUCAUCUCCCACCUCAUCAAAGGCGGCCAGGCAGACAGCGUUGGGCUGCAGGUAGGGGACGAGAUCGUCCGGAUCAAUGGGUACUCCAUCUCCUCGUGCACCCAUGAGGAGGUCAUCAACCUCAUCCGCACCAAGAAGACUGUGUCCAUCAAAGUGAGACACAUCGGCCUGAUCCCCGUGAAGAGCUCUCCUGACGAGCCCCUCAAAUGGCAGUAUGUGGAUCAGUUUGUGUCAGGAUCUGAGGGCGGGCGGAACAUUCUGGGCUCCCUAGGGAAUCGAGAAAACAGAGAGAAGAAGGUCUUCAUCAGCCUGGUGGGCUCCCGGGGCCUUGGCUGCAGCAUUUCCAGCGGCCCCACUCAGAAACCAGGCAUCUUCAUCAGUAACGUGAAGCCUGGCUCCCUGUCUGCUGAGGUGGGGUUGGAGGCAGGGGACCAGAUUGUCGAAGUCAACGGCAUCGACUUCUCCAACUUAGACCAUAAGGAGGCCGUGAACGUGCUGAAGAGUAGCCGCAGCCUGACCAUCUCCAUCGUAGCUGGAGCUGGCCGGGAGCUGUUCAUGACGGAUCGGGAGCGGCUGGAAGAGGUGAGGCAGCGCGAGCUGCAGCGGCAGGAGCUUCUCAUGCAGAAGCGGCUGGCGAUGGAGUCCAACAAGAUCCUGCAGGAGCAGCGGGAGAUGGAGCAGCAAAGGAAAAAGGAAAUUGCCCAGAAGGCAGCAGAGGAAAAUGAGAGAUACCGGAAGGAGAUGGAACAGAUCGUGGAGGAGGAAGAGAAGUUCCAGAAGCAGUGGGAAGAAGACUGGGGCUCCAGGGAACAGCUCCUCUCAUCUAAGACCAUCAGCGCAGAGAUGCACCCCAUGCCCCUUCGCAAGCCAAAGUCCUUUGGGUGGUUUUAUCGUUAUGAUGGCAAAUUCCCAUCCAUCCGGAAGAAAGGAAAGGAUAAGAAAGCCAAGUAUGACAGCCUGCAGGAGUUGAGAAAGAAUAAGAAGGAACUGGAGUUUGAGCAAAAGCUUUACAAAGAGAAAGAGGAAAUGCUGGAAAAGGAAAAGCAACUGAAGAUCAACCGGCUGGCCCAGGAGGUGUCUGAGACGGAGCGGGAAGACCUGGAAGAAUCGGAAAAGAUUCAGUAUUGGGUGGAAAGGCUCUGUCAGACUCGCCUUGAGCAGAUUUCCUCUGCUGAUAAUGAGAUUUCGGAGAUGACCACGGGGCCCCCGCCUUCCAUGUCUCCCCUGGCCCCACCCCUGAGACGCUUCGCUGGCGGGCUGCACCUCCACACCACUGACCUGGAUGACAUCUCUUUGGACAUGUUCUACUACCCCCCCAAGAUUCCCUCUGCCUUACCUGUGAUGCCCCAUCCUCCACCCUCCAACCCACCCUCCAAGGUCCCCGCAACCCCUGUCCUUCCGUCAUCAGGCCGUGUGAGUGCCUCAUCCUCACCCUGGGUGCAGCACACCCCACCCCCGAUCCCCAUCCCUCCCCCACCAUCUAUUCCCACCCAAGACCUCGCUCCUACCCGCCCACUGCCCUCUGCCCUGGAAGAGGCACUGGGCAACCACACGUUCCGCGCUGGGGACACAGGCAAUCCUACAGAGGACUGGGAGGCAAAGAACCACAGCGGGAAGCCCGCCAAUUCCCCUAUCCCUGAACGGAGCUUCCCACCCACCCCAAAGACAUUCUGCCCAAGUCCACAGCCUCCACGAGGCCCUGGCGUGUCCACCAUCUCCAAGCCUGUCAUGGUCCACCAGGAGUCCAACUUCAUCUACAGGCCAGCGGUGAAAUCCGAGGUCCUGCCACAGGAGAUGUUGAAGAGGAUGGUGGUUUAUCAGACAGCGUUCAGACAAGAUUUCCGGAAAUAUGAAGAAGGCUUUGACCCCUACUCCAUGUUCACCCCAGAGCAGAUCAUAGGGAAGGAUAUCCGGCUCCUGCGCAUUAAGAAGGAGGGAUCCUUAGACCUGGCCUUGGAAGGCGGUGUGGACUCCCCGAUCGGCAAGGUGGUCGUCUCGGCUGUUUACGAGGGGGGAGCUGCUGAGCGGCAUGGCGGUCUUGUGAAAGGAGACGAGGUCAUGGCAAUCAAUGGCAAAAUCGUGACGGACUACACCCUGGCUGAGGCUGAGGCUGCCCUGCAGAAGGCCUGGAAUCAGGGGGACUGGAUCGACCUUGUUGUUGCUGUCUGUCCCCCGAAGGAGUAUGAUGACGAGCUCUCUUCUCUUCCCUCCUCUGCAGCCGAAAGCCCCCAGCCGGUCCGAAAGCUCCUUGAAGACCGUGCUCCCGUGGUUAGACACGGGUUCUUCCUGCAGCUGGAGCCUGGCAACCUUCUUCUGAAGUCCGGAAGGAGAAACCAAAUUCACCCCUCGAAGCCAGUUAGCUCUGGACCCACCCUUCUGAACACAAAGCCGGGAACCAGCCUUGAGAGACGCCAGCCUGCAGGCACCCUGGAAACCCACAGUCAGCACCCAGCGGCUUAGACACCCAUUGGCCCUGUAGAAGAGCUGCAUAGGAGCACCUCCGGCCAUUGCUCUGAAGGCCAGUAUAGAGGGAGAGCAGCCAAUCGUUCUGGAAGGGCCCCUGGAAACCGGACUCGCAUGUCUUCUCUCUGGCCCUGUGAAUUUGGUCUCUCCCCGCCCUGGGAGACUUCUCCCUUGAAAUCCAAUAGGACCUGACUCUUCGGUCCCACUCUCUACACCCUUCUCCCCUUGGUCCUGCUGUCAUUGCUGCUAAGAUUGCUGCCACAAACCUUACUCUGAACUCAUCAAUAAAAUAAACAGAUUUCUUUUCCAGCUUA